AUCUAUUGAUAUUAAUUUACAGUAGAAACACGAUGAACACGGCAGAACUAGAAACUCUCACAGUAUGGCAAAGAGCAGACGCUGUCUGCUUUGAUGUAGACAGCACCGUAAUUAAGGAAGAAGGAAUCGACGAACUAGCGUCUUUCUGCGGAGUCGGUGAGCAAGUGAAAGAAUGGACGAAGAAAGCAAUGGGAGGCUCCAUCCCCUUUCGCACUGCUCUGUCGGAGAGACUGAAAAUGUGCAAGCCAACGAGCAAACAGGUUCAAAGGUUGGUGGCAGAACGUCCAUCUCAACUCACUCCAGGAAUUCAGGAACUUGUCCAGCAGCUACACAGAAAAGGAACUUCCGUUUACUUAGUAUCGGGUGGUUUUCGACAAAUCAUCUCACCCGUGGCUGCCAAGCUGAGAAUUCCACCAGAAAACUUAUUUGUCAAUAAUCUUUUAUUUAAUGAAGCAGGCGAGUAUGUUGGGUUUGAUGAGAAUGAACCGACUUCAGAAACUGGAGGAAAGAAAAAAGUGAUGGAAACGUUGAAGAAGAAGUUUGGUUACAAAUAUCUGGUGAUGGUGGGAGAUGGAGCUACAGACAUGGAAGCUUGUCCACCUGCGGAUGCUUUUAUUGGCUUUGGUGGAAACCGAGUACGUCAAACAGUGAGAGAGAAAGCCAAACUAUUUGUGACUGAUUUCUCUACCUUGCGGCACGCACUGGGACCAGAAGAGUAACUCGUUAUCGUUGAACUUCAAACAUGUAAUUAAUGGCUGCUAUCAGUUUCCAUGAUUAUUAUUAAUAUUAUUGUGCAGCUAUUUGUUUAGUCACUUGA